CCCGUGUAAUAAACACUGAAAGAUUUUCAAAAUACACAGAAAUGUAUAAAGCAGAUAGAUAGCCGAUUCCUAAGAUCUUCUUAAAUACUACGGCACACCGAGAAUAACAGUACGAUAUUUUCAGAACCCAUAACCGCAGCCGAUCUAUGUUCCUGUUUCACUUCCAGUUUUAGGUAUCAGUGACUGUAACAAUCAUCAUGAUGGUAAAUCAAAGACAAGGAAAAGGUGAAUACAUUCAAUGGAGACCAGAAGAGAGCAAAUUGCUGAUUGAGCUAGUAGCAAGUUGCUUCAAGGAGGGAUGGGCUGAUCCCAAUGGAAAAAUGUUCAAGAAAACCGUUGAGACAAAGAUACUUUCAGUUCUUAACGACAAAUUUAAUAGCCGGAAGACUUAUAAGAAUUUUAACAACCGAAUGAAGAUCUUGAAGAACCAAUACCGAGAUUUUGUCAAUCUUCUGCAUUUUGAUUCUAAGGUUCAAUGGAAUCCAAUCACAAAGAAGUUCACGGCUCCUGAUGAAGUGUGGAAUGCUUACCUUAGAGAUUUUCCUAAUCAAAGGCAUAUGCGUAACGAGAAAUAUGAAGAAAAUGAGAAUAUGAAACUAGUAUUUGGGGGAAUGAGGAGACUUGCGAGAUCACAUUCUCAACCAUGCGAAGUGAGAAAGAACGAGAUACUGAAACAAGAAGUGGAUCUUACUAAUGAUGAUGAUGACGAUGACGAGGUUCAUGAAAUUCGUGAAACCGAAACUGAUGUAUUUGGUGAUUCAUCAAACUAUGCAUCAGUUAAGGACAAUGAUCUUUUGGCAAAGAUUUGCACAGAACUAAGAUCAGUUGAGUCAGCCACUAAACAGAUGAUGAUUCACAUAAUGCAAGGAAGAUCAAUGGUUGAGGAAAACAAGAAGAUCAAUGUUUGGGAGGCUAUCAAAGAGAUUCCUAAUUUGUCCAACCAUGUCCAAUACAAAGCUCUUUCCAUGAUUCAAAAGCUUGAAAUGAGAGACAUAUUUGUUAGUAUGUCUGUUGAAGAUCGUCUUGGUUGGAUUCAGUGGAAUACCCAACCAAAAACUUAACUCCAAGCUACAUGCAUCAAUUUGGUUUCUGUAUUUCCAUCAUUGAAUAUGAUUAGUAUUUUUUUUUCAAUAAACUGGUUAGAUUUUAUUGAAUGAACUAGAUUUUAUAUUCACACUACGCGCGAAUCUAUUCUAAUUGCCUUGCUCUUUUAUAAUAAUUUUUAAAUCCAAAACGUAAUGAAUUUAUUAAAUUUUAAUUUAAAAAAUAAAUAAAUAUAUUGUGUUAUUAUUAUUGUAAUUUAUUUUUGUUUGUAAAAGCGUACUCUUUAAAUUAUUAUAUUUUCCUAUUUCUUUAUUUGUAUUUCUAAAUGUAUAAAAUCAAAUUUAUGUGUAUUUAUAUAAUUUAUAAAAUUAUAAAUUUUAUAUACUAUAUUACUUUUAAUGCAUAUAAAAUGUUGGAACACUACUGUUAGUAUUUGUAUUAUUCUCUUUAGCCAUAUCUUUUGAUUCAUAC